UGCUGUUUUGCUUUGAGGUGGUGAACGGUAUUUCUUCGUAAAUUAUGUUAUUUAUCUCCUGAUCUCACCUCCUCUUGAAAUAUUACUAGAGGACACUUUAAGAGUAUCCAAAGUAUUUGAAAUUUAAUCGUAAAACUUGUGACAUGCAUGUCGUUGAGCACGGGAAGUAAUUGUUUCCCGGCAGUGUUUUGCUUUUUAUGUGACAAAGGUUAAAGCGUAUGGCGACUGGGCUGAGCCUGAAUUUGGAACCAGCGAAAGGGACAAACUCAUAUAAAGUAACGCUGGCGAACUCAUCAGUUAAGCCGAAGACCAAACCAGCACCUUUGGAGAUGUCUCGAACACAGUCCUUCACAUCGACUGACAAAGAAAAGAAUCCUCCCACCCCACGUUCCAAGAUUGGACAUCGCAGGGUGGAUGAAACAGGAGAAACCACAUACAAAAAGACUCCCUCAUCAGCGCUUAUGGCAGCCAUUCAACUUGGGAUUGGAUUCACUGUUGGAAGACUAUCAGCUAAACCAGAGCGAGAUGUGUUGAUGCAAGAUUUUGCAGAAGUAGAAACUGUUAUAUUUCCAAGUGAAGGAUCAAGAGAGACCCCAUCCCAUCGGUUUAGUGAUUUUAAAUUCAAAUCAUACUCUCCAGUUGCUUUUAGAUAUUUUCGGGAUUUGUUUUUGAUGAACCCUGCUGAAUUUAUGAUGGCACUAUGUAAUGAACCGUUGGUGGAGCUUACUAAUUCAGGAGCUAGUGGUUCCCUGUUUUAUGUUACAAAUGAUGACGAAUUUAUUGUGAAAACUGUUCAACACAAGGAGGCAGAAUUUCUUCAGAAAUUGUUGCCUGGAUAUUAUUUAAAUUUAAAUCAGAACAAAAGAACAUUGUUGCCAAAGUUUUUUGGCUUAUACUGUUAUCAGUGUGGGGGAAAGAAUAUCAGAUUAGUAAUAAUGAACAACCUCCUACCUCGAGGAUACAAAAUACAUUUUAAAUAUGACCUUAAGGGCUCAACAUACAAAAGAAAAGCAUCAAAGGCAGAAAGAGCCAAAGAAACACCUACACUUAAAGACUUGGAUUUUUUGAAUGAUCACCCAGAGGGCCUUUUUCUUGAACCAGAAACUUACAAUGCAGUAAUGAGGACAAUCCAACGAGAUUGUAGAGUAUUACAAAGCUUCAAAAUCAUGGAUUACAGUCUCCUUCUUGCCAUUCAUAAAGUAGAAGAGACUAGUACGAAUGUUGUAGCGAGAUAUAAAAGAUCGAACAGUGAACCUGCGACUGAUAAACCAACAACCAGAGUAGAGACUCCAUCAGGUCAUCUAUCUUCCCCCACUGAUGAUACAACCCUCAUGACAUCUGGCAAUGGACAGUGGGAAACAAGAGCUCGUAGUCCUGAGAGCAGCAGCACAUCUCUGUCACGUACUCGAAGUUUAAAAGGAAGAGAAGGCUUCAGUUCAGCUUGGGAAGCAAUCACUGUAGGAAAUGAAACAGAAGAGAGACCGGUUGGUGGUAUUCCAGCUCGUAACGCCAAGGGAGAACGUUUGGUUCUAUUUCUUGGAAUCAUAGAUAUCCUACAAAGUUACAGAAUAGUAAAGAAACUAGAACACGGUUGGAAGGCUCUUCUUCAUGAUGGGGACACAGUGUCAGUCCACAGACCAUCAUUUUACUGCACAAGAUUCCAAGAAUUUAUGUCCAACUUCGUGUUCAAGAAAUCAGCAGCUAAAGCGUCUCCACGGAAGCGUACCGCGGGAGGGUCCAUCCAUCGUGUUCGUUCCGUGUCAGAGAACGAUCGAACCAACCGAGAAAGAACGUUGACUAAUGAUAGUAGCACAUCCGAUAAGGGAAGAUCAAGAUCAUUUACAGAAGCUGAUAAACCUGUUGAGAAAACAAGUCUGAAAAAAACACCUAGUAGCGGAAAUGGCGGCCAAACGGCCGACGAAAGUGCUACAGAUAAAAAAGUAAUCGUUGUUGAUCCUAAAGACGUCUUUCUAGAAGCAGAGGGACCGACUCACUCGGCUCAGGCCUCGACGGCCAGUCAAGAGACUGUAAGUAACCAACACAGUCCACACACCAGUGAUACCGCUGAACAGCCAACAUCGACAGCACCUAGUGAAAAACAUGAAACAGCGAGUGAUACCAAAGUGGAAGAAAAUCGAGUCGAAGAUAAUUCAAAAAUUUUACUUACCGAAAACAAUGUGGACGACACAAUAAAUGAAACAAAGCGAUGAACCACUAAUUACUUAACUGCCAAAGGGAAGCGCUGCAGCUCACAGCUGUCUUCGCCGGCAAGUCAGCUUCCAACUACCUGAAGAAGGAGACGUUAUAGAAGAGAAAUGACUUGGGCUCUCAUAAUCAGAGCACGGACCAUCUUGGCGGCGCUCCACCAGAACCGACCGGGUUGUGACACGUGAUUAAGACUUCUUCGAUUACUUAAGACUUUUCGUUGUUUCACAAGAACCUCAUUUUUUAAACUGACCAAAUUAAAACUUAAGUCUUUGUAUAUGCUUAACAAAAGAUGCAGUGUUCUUAAACCAAACUUAGGCAACAUAUGUAGUUAUGAUUUCUUCAGUAACAUGACACAUUUCUUACAUGGUGUACGGUGGCUUGAACCUAUUUAAUGUUAGUUUGAUUGAUUUCCGGUUGUAUUCAGGGGAUUUUAUGCUCUAGGUACAGUUGAUCAAAAAAGUUGAAUGUGUCAGAAAGUGGUCAAAACUGGCACGGAUUACUGAUGCUUCAAGCUGUACUUUAUUAAAUAGUUAAAAUAUGGAGCAGUAUUGACGUUUGCCUAUUGGCCUUGGUUGCUAAUCUGUAACGUUACGGCGAUGGGUGUGUAUUAGCGGGUUGAAGUCGGAUUAAGAAAAAAAGGAAUGGAGCAGUAUUAACGUUUGUUUUAAAUUGUACCAAACUCAGAGAGUUUGCAGGUUAAAUUUCUCUUUGCCGUAAAGUUUGUUCUAUUCUAAUUCCAAAUGAGAUGCACUAGAUCAACGAUUUAGUUCCCAUUAUUAAAGAUAACGUCUAAAAAUAGCAGAUUGUAAGGAUUCAUAUUAAUUUGGUCCAAAGUAAGUCAUGGAAUAAACUCGCAGAAGCUUGUAUCUCUCCGUAUGAGGAUACAGUAGAUUAUUAUUAUCACUAUUAUUAUUAUUGUUAUUGUUAUCGUUAUUAUUUUUACUAACCUUACGGUAAGAAGCCCUCUCAUUAGCUAGCUACCACAUGUAACAGUAUGUUCACUUUGGCCGGAUACAGAACUAAAUUUUCAUUGAUUGUUUUGAAGUCUAGUAGAGCUUGGGAAGUAGGGACCAGGUCAGAAUUAAUUAACAUUCCUCUAGACUUACAGAAUAUUUUUUAUACUUUUAACACUGAAGUGGUGAAGUAGACGUCGUGAAUUUGUAAAAUUUUACGAUUGUAUUCCCAUGGCAGAAAUAUAUGAGAAUAAAGAUA